AUGGAAUCUGAGGAUCACGAAUACUUUUGCUCAAAGACCGCCCGCCCAAGCCAAUCACAAAACCAUGACAGGAACCGCAAUGCAGAUCAUCAGUUGGCUCAUUUGAAGGAUAAGUCAGGAAUCAUGAAGACUUAUCAUGUAUGGACUGGAGAGAAUCAAUUCACUAACAGAUACUGGGAAAAGUAUGACAGAACUGUGAUGAGCAGUGACUUGAACCCAUUUGUGGUGUACUCAAUGAACAAGAGAAAGAAUUGGACUAUUGAAGAAUUAGAUUCAAUUGAAUUACUGGGACAGAUGCAGAACUUACACAAGGGAGAAGACGUUAUGUUGUUGGAAAGAGUUGCCAUGAGAAUGGUUGAUUGGCCAAAGAGGUUUAACUAUGAUUUUUACUGGGAUGACUACAAGAUACAAGUUAUGCAUGAGUUAGACUCAUAUGUUUCGGGAAGACCAGCCUAUAAGAAGACCACUGUAAAUUCUGGAAAAGGGCACCAUCCACACAGCUUCUUAGCUCAGAACAGGGCUUCGAAUAAGGAGGAAUCGGAAAGAAUCAAGAAUGAGAAGAUUGCUAAUCUUGAGAAGGAAAAGAGAACUGUAGUUGCUUAUCAUUUGAUCAAGUCUCCAGACAACUACAUGGACAUCUUCAGGAAGGAAUUCGGAAGAGACAAUUGUCAUUCUUCCAGAUGGGCUCCACCAACCUAUUGGGAAAGGAAGAGAAAGCAGGAUAUGAAUGCUUUGGAUAUUAGAUACAAGGAUUUAUCAGAAGAUGAAGUUGAAGGAAUUGAUGUUGUGGAGGAUAGAGAGAUUGAAAAGGAGAAGAAGUUUUACAAUUUGGAAGAUUAUGUGGUGGAUAAUUUUGUCCAUGUAAAGAGGAAGAAGAACAAGAAGAAGAAGAAGAAGAGUACGAAUAAUAUCUAG